GUGUGGUGAGACUUGCUGUAUUUUUCUAACUGACCCUGACAUAUAUUGCUUAUCAUGCAUACCAACAGUACUGCAUGAACAUCCAUUUCCUAAUCGACGGUUUUGCCAUUGAUGUCAAAGGAUACAUAGGAAACAAUACAAGUCGAUGAAGCUGAGUUGUUGUAGAAGAUAAUGGGGUCCAUUAAGUUACUACAGAGGUCAUUGAGAAAAAGCUGGGGAACAAAUUAUUUUAGAAGUCAACGAUGGUCAAAAAGGUUUUCCUCCACACCAAGUCUUCUCACAAACGAAAGGAAAAAGUUUUAUCCCACUGACCAGAUCGGGAAUUUGGAAGAUUUUGAGAAACAUGCCAGUCCGGAGGAGAAGAGGCUAUUUCAGAUCGUCCAGUCUGAAUAUCUGGCACUCUGCAGGAUGGGCAAAUUAGAUAUGCCUGAUCCUACUGAUUCACAGUGGUUGAAUUUAAUGAACCUGGAAGGCAAAAGAGCCAGAGAAAGAAACUUUAUGUAUCUUCAGAGAAUUCACUGGAUGAAAACCAAGACACCACGUGAAAAAGUGACACCAGAAAAAAAUACACACAUCCGAGAACGCUUUUACAAGGACAUGUUUAGCUUCACAGAACGGACUAUAAUCAACAAUCGCGUGGGUCAGGCAGCGUUGUUGGAGGACCCCAUUCUGAUUGACCUAGGCUUUGCGGACUCGUUAGUAUUCAGUGAAAUCAUUCAAGUGGCCAGACAACUUUUUUCUUUAGUAGAGUGUAUCAACAGAUCUGCCUUUGAACCAACGCCAACUCUGAAUAUAAUGUUUUGUAAUGCCAAACCAUCACUGGAAGACAAUGAGUUUUUAAAAGUUUUUAGGUCUAAGGAGUACUGUGGUCUUGAUCGGACAUUGAAGGAUCUUCCAGUGUCUGCAAUCACAGAGAAAAGUUACCUGGAAUUGUUUCCAAGAGAGGAUUUGGUGUAUCUUUCACCAGAUGCAAAACAUUAUUAUAUUCCUGAACAAGACGGGAUCCCUAUUAUUGGUGCUAUAGUAGAUAAGACGACAAAAGACAAGUUGUCAUACAGCAGGGCAUUUGAAGAUAACAUUAAAAUUCGCAAACUGCCCAUUGAUAUUGGUGAAACGUUUUAUGGAUCCAAGAGGUUAGCACUGAACCAUGUUGUGGAAUACUUAGCCAAACUAAAGUUCACUGGCAAUCCAGUUGAAGCUAGAACUGUUUUACCACACAGAAAAUUUAUAAACCCUGAAGAGAAGAUACGGAAAAGAGACCGCAAUGUUGUUAUUUAAAUAGGAGAUCAGUGACGAUAUGGAAAUAAAUAAGGAAAUUAAAA